AUAGAGUCGCUUCGCCUUGAGCGGCAGGCACGCAGUUCUUCUUGCUCCUCCUGCCUCGCUUCGCCGUGCCAGCCUCGUCGGUGUCAGUCGUGGGAGCGACGGCGGACAGUGCAACAUGGCGGGCAUGGAGCAAGGGGGCAGCCCGGAGGAGGAGAAGCACCUGAACGGGGAGCUGCUCUUGGAUCCCGAGGAGCGGGAAGGCGCGGCGGGGCCCGGCGCUGACGAAGGCGCCAAGAAGAAGCGCAAGAAGAAGAAGAAGAGCAAAGGAGGCGUCGCGGGACAACAAGAAACUGAGAGAGAUCUGGAGACACUUGAGGAUGUAACAAAACAAUUGGAUAAACAAACACUGGAAGAAAAGGAAAAAGAUGAUGAUGAUGAUGAUGGUGAAGGUGAUGGUGCAGCAGGGAAGAAGAAGAAGAAGAAGAAAAAGAAGAAAGGACCUAAAGUCCAGACAGAUCCUCCAUCUAUUCCAAUAUGUGAUUUGUUUCCCAGUGGGAUAUUUCCAAAAGGCGAAGAGUGCGAGUAUCCAGCAACACAAGAUGGGCGAACUGCUACUUGGCGAACCACAAGUGAUGAAAAGAGAGCACUAGAUCAGGCAAGUGAAGAGAUCUGGAAUGACUUCAGAGAGGCUGCUGAAGCACACAGACAAGUGAGGAAAUACGUUAUGAGCUGGAUCAAACCUGGAAUGACAAUGAUAGAAAUCUGUGAAAAAUUAGAAGACUGUUCACGAAAGCUGAUCAAAGAGAAUGGCUUAAAUGCUGGGCUUGCAUUUCCCACGGGGUGUUCUCUGAAUAACUGCGCAGCCCACUACACUCCCAAUGCUGGAGAUCCAACUGUAUUGCAGUAUGAUGACAUCUGCAAGAUAGAUUUUGGAACACAUGUUAGUGGUCGUAUCAUUGACUGUGCUUUUACUGUCACAUUCAAUCCAAAAUAUGACAGGCUGUUACAAGCUGUAAAAGAUGCAACUAAUACUGGAAUAAAGUGUGCUGGAAUAGACGUUCGUCUGUGUGAUGUUGGUGAAGCUAUCCAAGAAGUUAUGGAAUCCUAUGAAGUUGAAAUUGAUGGCAAAACAUAUCAAGUGAAACCAAUUCGCAAUCUGAAUGGACACUCUAUUGGGCCAUACAGGAUACAUGCAGGCAAAACAGUGCCCAUUGUGAAGGGAGGAGAAGCAACAAGAAUGGAAGAGGGAGAAGUGUAUGCUAUAGAAACCUUUGGUAGCACAGGAAAAGGUGUUGUUCAUGAUGAUAUGGAAUGUUCUCAUUACAUGAAGAACUUUGAUGUUGGACAUGUGCCAAUAAGGCUUCCAAGAGCAAAACACUUGCUGAAUGUUAUCAAUGAAAACUUUGGCACUCUUGCCUUCUGCCGCAGAUGGCUAGAUCGUCUGGGAGAAAGUAAAUACCUAAUGGCUCUGAAGAAUCUGUGUGACUUGGGUAUAGUGGAUCCAUACCCUCCCCUAUGUGAUAUUAAAGGCUCAUACACAGCACAGUUUGAGCAUACCAUAUUAUUGCGCCCAACAUGCAAAGAAGUUGUCAGCAGAGGAGAUGACUAUUAAAACUUCAAGGCCAUUACCUCACCUAUGUACUCUAGGCUCUGUUGGAACACAUUAUGCCAGAAUAAAUUUGCAAUCUGUUUUAACAGUGGACCCAAUGUGAUAACUUUCCAUGUUUGGAGAGAAAGGAAUUUAAUCAAAGGCAAGUUCUCUGAUGUAACUAACCAAGGAAAAACAGCUUUUGGGGCCUCUAGGAUAUUUCAGAAGUUACUUCUAUUUUUUCUUUUGGGGAAAUAUGCUAUAAAGCGCAAUUUUUAGUUUGGAAUGAGUUAUACAUAUUGUUUGGAAUAUUUCUGAGGAAGGCUUUUCAAAUAUUUAUAUUGCCAUAUUCCUACUUGAAUGCUUUGAAUGACUACACCUGACUUCUGCGCCUAAGUUGUCUCUGGUAUUGCCUUUUAAACUUCCUGGAAUCCAUUUUGUAAAAAAAAUAAAGACAGAUUUUCAGAUCUAAAACCAAAUAUGCUUUUUAAAAGUCUGUUGCAGUCCUAGGCAGGAGUGUCCUGAAAAAAUGCCCUAUUAAAUCUUGUUUUAAAAACUU